GCGCAUAGUAUUUCCUGCGUUUUUUCAUGCCCGUGUUUUAACACUGUUAGUACGUUACAUCGGUACCGGCGAUAAUGUUUCCACUAUAUAUGAGAAUUAUUUCUACAGGAACAGUGUGUACAUAUGCCAGAUACUCUUGUGUAUGCUUACCAUGUCCUUGUAAACAAGUUGACUACAUUCAGCGACGUGGUUACAAGAAAAAGUGGGCUAAAAAUGAGGGAAGCAAACCACAUACAGUGCAUGCACUGAAUCACAUGGAAGCAUUUUAUAAACCUGUAUUCAAGGAGCGAUGGCCAUCAAUCAGAAUUUCUCUGUUGACAACAUCAAAGUACUGUGCAUUAUUAAACAACUAUAACAGUGAAAAUGAAAAAGUUGAAAAAUAUCUGACAGAUUUAGGGACCUAUAAUGUGAUGGAGAAAGCAAAACUGGCUCGAGCAAAAUAUUUAGAGAAAGAGAACCAGCAAAUUGUCACUGAACAAAGUUCAUUGCCAUUAGAGAGUUUAAUAGAUUUCCCAAAAAGACUUCCUCACUCAGAAGUAGAUGAAAAUGAUGAUGUCAAUGAUGAUGAUGAAGAUGUAAAAGAAGAAAUUCAACCUGUGGUGGGAAAAAACACAAGUUUGUAUGAUUUCAUACCCACUAAAAGAGUAUACACUGACAAAGAGCUACUACAGCAGCACAUAGCUAGGGUGGCCACUUUUGACGACAGCCUGCUUGAGGUGCCCGUGAAGGUGAUACAAGAACAGGUACCAGAGCUUCCUGAAGAUCUUAAAUUCUUUGUAUAUCCCAAGGGAGACAUUUCCAAAUUUCCAAACCCCAAAAUGAAGCAUGGAAAUCUCCUAGGCUACUACAUGAUGGACGCUGCUUCUUUGCUUCCUGUGAUUGCCCUUGACCUUCAGGAAAACGAUUCUGUUCUUGACCUUUGUGCAGCACCAGGGGGAAAAACUCUGGCAAUGCUACAGACUCUAAAGACAGAAAACCUUACAUGUAUUGAUGAAUCAUGGAGUCGCUUGAGCAGAUUAAAGGACAUUUCAAAGUGGUACAUUGGAGAAACCCCAUCCUCCAUGUCGGUAUCCAAGACAGAUGGCAAACUUUUAGAGGACCCAUUUUACAAUAAGGUCCUGGUGGAUGUCCCUUGUAAUACAGACAGACACGUGUUGAUCAGUGAAGACAACAAUCUGUUCAAGCCAGGUCGAAUGGAAGAAAGACUCGAGUUGCCAACAGAGCAAAUGGAACUGCUUGUAGCUGGAAUCAAGUCAUGCAAGCCAGGAGGGACCGUCGUGUACUCCACUUGUACACUCUCUCCUGCCCAGAAUGAUGGUGUCGUUCACGCAGCGAUGGACCAUUUAUGGAAAGAAACUGACAUUGACACUGUUGUUAUAGAUAUUAGCUACCUCAGGCCGAUAUUCAAAGAUAUUUUUACCUUCUUCCCAAAGACAAAAUAUGGGCAGCUUGUACUUCCCACUUUGUCUUCCAAUUUUGGACCCAUGUACAUUUGUAAAAUAAAGCGCAUCAGAUAAAACUG